ACACAGAGCAAAGGUGUGCGCGAGACAGCAGACGAUGUUUCCUAACCUUCAUGUAUUCAGUAGUAUAUUCUAAUAUUGGGAGAGAUCUGCAUGGGAUAAUAAUUGAUAUAAUAAAAAAUAUCCGAAAAGAUUGUAAAAUCUUUCAAGAUGUCGAUGCAAGUACCGGCUGACGUGGAUGCCGAGCAGAUUAAAUCGUUUCGAGAUUUCCUGACAUCUUACAAUAAACUCUCAGAAAUCUGUUUCAUCGACUGCAUAACUGAUUUCACUACGAGAGACGUUAGAGCCAAGGAGGAGAAGUGUGCUUUGAACUGUAUGGAAAAGUACCUGAAGAUGAACCAAAGGGUUUCACAACGAUUCCAGGAGUUCCAAAUGAUAGCAAAUGAGAAUGCAAUGGCAGCUGCAAAAAAACUAGGUCAAUUGCAUUAACACAACUCAUUGGACAGCCAGAACUACAACAAAGUAUCCUCAUUCUCUCAUACUACAUUAGUCAUGGACUUGUUACCGUAUAAAAUGAUUAAAAAAUUGUUUUAUUUUAUA